AUGCUGAGGCAAAGAGAACCCAGAGGACUAUCUAGCACUAACUGUCGAACAAAGUUCCGGAUACGGUACGAUCACAAGCGAUGCGAAUGGCGUGUGGCGUCGUUUGUGGAGAACGAACUCACCCCGUCGAUAUAUGUCCCUUUGAUUAAUGCUUACCGUACAAUUAGUGAUGGAGACAAAGCUCAGGCAGAUAGUCUUCACGCAUAUGGUAGACACGAGAGAAUCAAAGGUGGGGAUGCUCGAGAUGCUCUAACUUACCUAACAGCAAAGGCUGGUGCAAAUCCCUUGUUCUAUUCAAAGUACACCACCUCAGAAGACAACAGAUUGAAGAAUAUUUUUUGGGCAGAUGGUGUUAGUCGGGCAGAUUACCAAUGCUUUGUUGAUGUUCUUGCCUUUGACUCUACACACGGCUCCAUAAAGUAUAAACAUCCACUGGUUGUAUUUUUUGGAACUAACCAUCAUGCCCAGACGGUUAUAUUUGGAUGCGCUCUAUUGAUUGAUGAGACUAUUGAUACAUACGUGUGGUUGUUGGAAACUUUCUUGGAAGCAAUGAGCGGCAAACAACCUAAAUUGGUUAUCACCGACGGAGAUACUUCUAUAAGGGAGGCCAUCAGACAAGUAUUUUCGGACGCAACACACCGACUAUGUGCCUGGCAUUUGCCCAAGAAUGCAGCUGAUCACGUGAAGGACAAGAAGUUUUUGGAGGACUUUAGAAAAGCACUUUAUUGGUACUUCACUGUUGAUGAAUUUGAGGAACACUGGAAGACCAUGCUUGCUAAGCACGACCUUCAGCAAUAA